GGCAACCAAUGAAAUUGCGAGAUUCGUGAUAGUAUAUACUGGAUUUAUACUGAAGGUCAAUAGAUAAAGUUAUUACAUUUUUCGUUAUUAUAUUUCGCGUUAGUUUUUACAUUUUGCGGCGUAACAGCCUCUGUGUCGUUGUCUACCACCAAUAAAGUCAAUUUACAACGACCUUACCUUUAUAAUUUUAGCAAACAAUCUUAAUGCUUAGUCGCCUGGCAUAUUAAAUUAAUUAUUCAAACUCAAUUUUAUAUUGGUUAUGAGUUUUUCUAGUGCAAUCAAUUUAAAAAUCUUUCUCAAAACAUCCCGUUAUCGUGUCUGUCGCAAACACUACAAUACCAUGGCAAUGAAAAGACUAUGGAAAACCUGGUUUAUUAGGAUGGGUUUGUUCUAUUCGUACGGGUUUCUUGGAGGUUUAAUGUUCAAGCUGGUGGAAGAAAAAGAAGAAACAAACGCUACCAUCUCAGAAAGAUUGUUAGCUGAUUUGAAUUUCACGCUGUUAAAUGAAACGAACAUCACGCUUAACGCUUCGCAGUUUGAGCAUUUCGUGAGAGAAGCUGGGCGGGCUGUGGAUAUCAAAAGGAGAAGAUACUGGGACUACCGCACGGCGUGCGAAUUCACCUUUGCAGCCAUUCUUACCGUCGGGCGUGGUCUUACCAUCCCAUACUGUCUCAUCGGACUCGCUCUUACCGCCAUGUCACUCAAGACAAGCGGGGAUUUGGGACUGCACCUCAUCAGCACCGCCACGGCCUUUAUCCACCGCAAAGUGUAUGGGGCACCAACCCCGCCUUGUCCAUUGCGGCGCCUCCUUUUCGUCAGCAUAAUGCUGAUGACGGGAUUCCUGUGUCUUAUGUCAGUGGUUGGUGUGUACCUGGACAAAUGGUCAUUCCUGGACAGUCUCUAUUGCUGGUUCAUCACCUUCACGACUAUCGGCUUUGGAGAUUUUGUCCCUUUUGAUAAUUACAGACAACAGACAGGAUCCACGAGGCAGUCUUUGUUUUUUUGGAACACUCUUCUAGCAAUUCCAUACAUUUUUGGGUUUUGCCUUGUGUCGUUGCUUAUCAACGUGCUUGUCGAGUGCUCGGAGAAAGGCUUCGUGGAUGUUAUUUGCAGCGCGCGAACUUCUGGUAUGAGUACCGAGAGACAAUUGGGGUUGUCAAGAGAAGGUGACACGGGCGAUUGGAUGAGGUGCCGGCGAUAUAGUGUCUGAUAAAAACGUAUAGAAAUAGAGCAUUCUCGUUCCCAGAGCUCCUCCGCUGUUGUGUGUCGGAGGCUUUGGUAGCAGACGGUUAUUGGCGAAUUUGAUUGGUUGUGAAAAAUGCCUGCGUAAUGGGUUAAAUUGUACACACUCCUGCGCAACGCGUUUAUUUCCGGUAGAUAGCAUUCACUUUCGAUAUAAACAAGAAGCUACGCUUGUACCGAAACCUGGGAAUUAUACUAAGAAAAUCAACUUUCAAAUAAAGCGGGGUAUAGAUGAUAGCUAGCGUGAAACUAAGCGAGGAAUCAAUGAAAGAUCAACGGAACGCAAUUCGCGCAAGUAAAAAUGGAAAAUACUAACAUGUUUCAUCGUAAAUUCCGUAGACGUAAAUAUAUAUCAAAGUCGAGACGUAUAUCAAAGUCGAGACGUAUUGUCUUGUUGGUCUAUUCGUUAUGGCGGGAUUAUGGCGACGGCUACUACGCAAAGAAACUAGAGAGCAAAGUUUUUGACUCGAAUACUCGCAUCGUUUGUCCUAGAUUCUAGGACAAUCCGGGACUUUCGGUUUUCGUCUGCUACCAGAAUCUCCGGCGGCAAGCAUGACCGAGAAGCUCUGGGAACGAGAAUGAGAAAUAGAGUAGAUAGGAACGUCUGAUUUCCAGUUGAGGCUGGGCCGUUCUUAUUUUUGGAGCAUUUUAAGGCUGAAUGUUCUGAAAUAAGGGAUGUUCUAUAAUUUAAGUGUAUAUAAAAAUAUUAUGACGAAAUGAAUUAUCUGUAAGAUAAUAAACUAAAUGAACUUCAUAAUAAUAUCUGAGCCUCGGCAAUUUCUUAAAAAAUUAGUGACAUCUCAGGACGUUCUUAAAGACCUUAUAGAAAGAUUCUUAUAAAGAGUGUAUAGCGAGUGUAUAGAGUAUAGAGUGUAUAGCUUGGUUUGUGAAGAGAAGUCAACGGCGAGAGCAGGAACAAGGAUCACAUAGAAUGGGCAGUCUGGCACACCGAGCAGUAUAGGGUGGUAAAGCAAAAACAAGGUUUGUGUAUUAAAGAUGGGUCUCAACGAUUUAAAUCUUUAAUAUUGGAUGACUUUUUAUGACCUUCAAGAGGAGUUCUUAAAAAAUUGGCCCGAUACGUACAUGUAGCUACUGCAGCAAGACAAUUGAAAUGUUAACAUAUAUUUCUAGGUUAAUUUUUGGUAUCAUCAUACUAUAAAAUGUGUUGAUAAACGACUGAUAAGAGUAAAUCAAAGCAAAUGAAUAAACAUUUUUGGGGGUUAUAGGGA